AGGUAGUGACAAAACAGAAAGCUGAAACAGAAAGAGCGACAGCACUACUGAACAGUCAAAAUGAAAAAGAAGGUAUCCUGGAAUCCCACGACAUUGUCUUAUCUAAAUCGGAUCUUUACAAAACCAUCCCAGAUACAAUAGAGAGUGUAGUAGACUUGAAAGAGGAAUUCAGGAAAGGAAUCCCAGAACAGAAACCAUAUGGAAUAGAUACAAGGCGUUAUUUAUCACAGACAUUAUUAGAUUUGUCUUAUGAUUUGGACGCAGUGGUUCAGAAAUUGUCCCGGGAUCACCCUCUGAUGAAUGCUCUGUCAGAAAACGUGGAAGAGAUUGUAGACGAACUUCAUAAGUAUGCUACUGAUUUAGAUAAAAAUAUUGAAGAAGUAAUCACGGAAAAAGAUGUUGAACGGGUUUAUUAUUUUUAUGAGCACGCCACUAGUUUGAUCAACGUAUUAGGAAAGGUUGCUGAUGAUAAGACACUGUUGAAUUUUAUGAAAACUGACAUAACAAGUGACAUUGAUUUGGAACUUGAUGUAGUAUUCAGAACAGAAGAGGAAUUGAAAGAGUGGCUAUUUACAAUUGCAGACAUGCUCAAUAGACCGGACACUGAUCCAGAAAAGAUGAAAUGGUUACAAGAAACACUAAAUGCCAAAAG